AUGGCUGAUGCUAUUGUUUCUUUUCUGAUUCAGGAAUUAGGUUCUGUUAUUAAGCAAGAAAUAGAACAAGAAGUGAGGUUGGUAGUAGGUGUUCGGACCGAGGUCAGGAGGCUCCAAAAAACAUUUGAAACCCUCCAAACUGUGCUUAAUGAAGCUGAGCAAAGGCAAAUGAAUGAUGCAUCAGUGAAGAUUUGGUUAGACAAUCUAAAAAACGCAGCUUAUGGAAUGGAAGACGUUGUGGACGAGUGGGCAACGGAAAUUCGAUUAUUACAACUGGAAAAGAAAAAUCAUGAGGUAUCCUCUUCUUUUCCAUGCACUCUAUUUUUCUCGUGUUUCAAACAAACUGCUUUACGGCAUAAAAUUGGUUCUAGGAUAAAAGCUAUCAGAGAGACACUAGACUUUAUAAGAGAAGAGAAAGAUCAAUUUCGAUUUAGCACAAGUGAGAGAGUUCGAGAUGGUCCUCAAACUAUCCGAACAGAAACUAGUUAUAUCAUCGUAGAUCCAGAUAUUUGUGGUCGCGAUUAUGACAAAAACAUAAUUCUGAAUAAACUAUUAGGCAGUGGGAGUAGUACUAUUAGCUAUCAAAAUGAUGAAAGAAGCGACCCCCGCAUCAUCUCUAUUAUUGGGAUGGGAGGUCUAGGCAAGACUACUCUGGCCCAACUAGUAUUUAACCAUGAUAGCAUAAAAUCCCACUUUGAAAUACCUAUGUGGGUCUGUGUUUCCGAUCCUUUUGAUCGCACGAUGGUUGCAAAGGCAAUCAUACGAGAGGCUACCAAAAAAGACACACAAACCUUAGAAUGGAAUGCUUUGCACAGAGAAUUAUGUGAUUCUAUUAAGGGGAAAAAAUUCAUUCUUGUGCUCGACGAUGUGUCGACUAAGGAUCCAAAAAAAUUGGAUCCUCUGAAGCAUUUACUCGCUCUUGGAGCAGAGGGAAGUCGCAUGUUGGUCACCACCCGAAAUGAGAGUGUUGCAUCUAGCAUAAACUCUUGGAAAUAUAAGCUGGAAAAAUUGUCCCCUACCAAUAGUAGAUCAUUGUUAUGCCGUAAAGCUUUUUGUGGAUACGAGAAUAAAGAGGACCCAGUUCUAAACAAAAUUAGUUUUGGAAUAUCAGAUAAGUGCUGCGGUUUACCUCUAGCUUUAAGUCUUUUGGGAAGUCUGUUGAACAAAAGAAUAGAUGAAGAGAAUUGGGGUCGUAUAUUAAACAGCAAAUUUUGGGAACUAAAAGGUUUUGAUCACAACCAAAAACUUUUGAAUCCAGCAUUCCUGUUGAGUUAUGAUGGCCUUUCGUCAAGCCUAAAAAAUUGUUUUGCAUAUUGUUCAACAUUUCAAAAAGACAAAAAGAUAAAAAAGCGUACAUUAAUUAACCUCUGGAUGGCACAAGGUCUUAUUAACUCAAAAGAGCCCGAGUUACUGGGUGAAGAGUAUAUUGAUGAGUUAGCUUCUCAUUCCUUCUUUCAAGAUUUCUCCGAGGACAACAAGGGCAAUAUUUUCUUCAAGAUGCACGAUCUUAUUCAUGAUUUUGCCCAGUUUCUCACCACUCCUUGUUAUAUCUCUCUUUACAAUGAUGAAAAAAUUCUUUUUAACCAGGAAAAUAGUGGUAGUAAUCCUAUCCAUUUGAGUUUUAAAUAUGAUGAACUUAAUUCAAAAUCAGUUGGGUUCUUUCAUGAGUCGAUAAGAAAAGUUUGUAAUAUCCGUACUCUGCAAACAGUGCAAAGUUGGAGAGGUCGCGAAUGCCUAUUUGAAUUUGGAAAUCUGUCUUCUGAUUUAAUCAAUCAUCUAAAAUGUCUUAGGGUAUUGAAAAUGAAACACAUGGGCAUCACUCAACUCCCUGACGAAAUUUAUAAACUCAUACAUCUCAGAUAUCUUGAUUUGUCUGGUAAUUAUGUGUUAAGUGAGUUGCCGAAAUCAGUUGGUAGAUUAAUUAACUUACAAACUUUGAAACUAAAAGACUGUGACGGACUUCACCAACUUCCUGGAGAGAUGAAGGGAAUGAUUAGCUUGAGAAACCUUGAUAUUAGAGGUUGUUAUAGAAUGAAGUACUUACCAAAGGUUACUGGAAAUUGGAAAUAUCUCCAAUCUCUAAGCACGUUUAUUUUGAGUGAUACAAGUGAAGGAUGCAAAUUGGAAGAGUUAAAAUAUCAGAAUCUCUUAAAAUAUCGCUUAGAAAUAUAUGGGUUAGAGAUAUUGAAAGCAACACAGGAAGCUGCCGAAGCUCAACUUCACAAGAAAAGUCAACUCAUUGAGCUUAUGCUAGAUUUUAAACCUACUGGCGGAACACCGUUCGGACAAAGAGAAGGUGACGUACUUGAGCAAACCCCGGAGGACGUUCUUGCAGAAAGUGUGCUGGGAGUUCUCCAGCCUCAUUCGAAUCUGAAGAAGCUGACCGUAUCCAAUUACUUGGGGUUCAAGUUCCCAAGUUGGAUGAGCAAUACCAAAGCAUUAUCACAUUUACGUUGUCUAGAACUAAAGCGCUGCAUCCAUUGUUCAGAACUUCCAGUUUUGGGAUUGCUACCAUCGCUUGAAGUCCUCGGAAUAUAUCAGUUACUCAACCUAAAGCACAUUGGGGUUGAAAUUUAUGGCGGGGGGAAAUGUAUACCUCAAGUUGCAUUCCCAAAGUUGAAAACUCUUAAUAUUGAUUUUGCAUCUAGUUUGGAAGUAUGGGAAUUCGGUAAUGAACAUGUAAAGGUAACAUCGAUUUUUCCUUGUGUUACAAGCAUCCAUCUCAACAAGUGCAGAAAAUUAAUUGCACUGCCUGCCUUAGGUGAACUUCCAUCUCUUCAAACUCUUUCUGUAUCUGGGUCGGAUCAGCUCGUAAGUAUCUCUGAUGAGUUUUGUGGGACUUUAAGCCAUUCCCUUACUAGGUUGACGGCAUUUCCAAAGUUAAACAGUCUUAUGAUUUUUGGAUUGGCUAAUCUGGAGGUAGUUAAUUUGUGUGGAAUGCCAUGUCUCCAAAUACUGGAUAUUAAAAGGUGCCCGAAACUGAAUUCGUUGACAUUUCGGAUUAAAUCACUGCCAUCUCUUGAAAAGCUCAACUUAGUUUUACUAACAAACUUGAGGGAGUUUAUAGUUCAAGAAGAAGAUGACGAGGAAGAUGGAGACUUGCAGCUGCCCCGUCUAUUGAAAGUUCAACUUGCAGGUUGUGAUAACUUAAGAUUGUUCCCUCGCCAUCGCCUGAUCCAGGAAUCUCUAAGACAUAUCUAG